UGUGUGUGGGGAUUCCCCGUAGUGGUAUUUAUAUGUCAUUAUCAAAUUUCCACUGAGCUAAAAAAAGAAUACAUAGGGCUAAAGAUUGCGCAAUCACUAGGCUAGGCCUACUUUCUGACGACAUUCUAAAAAUUGUCUGCGUGAAAGGAGGUUGUCAGUGUCGACCCAUCGUCCAUUCACAAUUACUGAAAAUGGUAUUUUUAUCAUCGGUGGAGUAGAGCAGCUCCUUGAAUUCAGCAAAACCGUAUGUGGUGAUAGAUCCUAUCAUCAGUAAAAAAAAUGGCAGUAAUGAAUUAUUGGUCUGUGCUGAAGAAAACUCUUUGUAUACUGACACUGUUUUUGUCUAAGAACGUUGAUUCAUUAACUGAUCAGUGCAAUGGAAGAUGCGACAACAAACAUUUCUGUAACGAAAACUCUCAAGCUUGCGAACCUUGUGGUAUUUUCUGUGACCUGGAAAGCGAUUUUGCCAACCCGGAUGACUGUCAGUCACACUGUCCACAUGUAAUUUAUGGGACUAAUGAAACGAGGGACUGUCCAAAAACGUGCCCACCAAAUUACUAUUGUGAAAAGUUUCUCCAGACAUGUGAAAGCUGCCGGGUUCUGUGUGAUCCUGAUAAAAAAAUUUAUACACAGAAAUGCCCUGAAAGCUGUACCUCUGUUGAGUCAGUCACGCCUUCACAAGAGAUUGGUUUAACCAAAACAGAGAGUAAAAACACCACUGCGGAAAAUAAUAAACAAAUACAGGUUAAAAACAAAAACAGAGAUAUCAUAAUUGUGUCAGUUUGUGUUGGAUUUCCCUGUGCAGUUGGUAUAUGUCUUACAAUUCAUCUGCUUAAAAAACGUAGAAGGGCAAUGAAGUGUGGAGAGCAAGAAACUAUUCGACAAGGAGAAUCAGAGCUACAGAAAAUGGUGGUCAAUGGCGGCACCAGCGUCUGAGAUCUGGGGGGUGAGGGGCAAGGUAAAAUUUUAGGGGGGAAAUAUGUUUCCAUAUCAGACACUAGAAACAUUACACUACAUUAUACAUACAUUACGUACAUUACACUAGAAAUUUGUUUUAUAUGAAACAUCAGAUAUUCACAUAAAAAACACAGUACGGUGUAAUAGACACUAAAAAUUCAGUUCAAUUUCAAAUAAGUAUUAAAAGGAUAAUUAAAAAUGGUCAUUACUUAAAAUAACUGUAAUAUGAAACUCUGGGAUAUCAUAAAAAUUGGUAUGAUUAAAAUGAUAGUUUACAAUAAAAGAUUGAGAUUUGGUGUUAAAAUGUGUUAAAAUAGAGAAGGGGCCAAGGUACAGUAGUAAUGCAGGCUUG